AUGGCUCCUACUAUAGUCCUCAUCACCGGUGCCAACCGUGGCAUUGGCAAAGGUAUCUUGGAAUUGUACCUUAAGAAGCCCGAUCACACCGUCAUCGCUGCGAACCGUGACCCAAGCCACGUAAGCUCUCUAACACUGGCUGAUUUGCCUAAGGCUGAGGGCACUACGUUGCACGUCAUCAAGAUCGAUGCCCUCUCGCCUACUGAUCCCGCGGCGGGUGUGGAGACUCUAACCACUAAAGGAAUCACCCAUAUCGACAUCCUGAUCGCUAACGCCGGUAUUGCUCUUUCUUGGUCCAAAGUCACUGAGGUCAAGGUUGCCGACAUCCAGAAGCAUAUCGAUGUCAAUAUUUAUGGCUUUAUCUAUCUCUAUCAGGCUUUCCGAUCCCUCCUUAAGGAUGCCCAGGCUCCCAAGUGGGUAACUAUCGGCUCUAGCUCUGCUUUCUUGACGUGGAAUGUUUAUAUUGGUCUAUUUCGCCUUGGAGGAUGGCUCUUUAUACCUGGGCUAGAACACGUGAACUUCGUUCGCAUGCAAAAUGCUGCCUAUGCUCCCACGAAAGCUGUCCAGCACUGGUAUACUAAGGCAAUCUCCGUUGAAGACACUUGGUUGAACGCCUUCCCUAUUGAUCCUGGCUGGGUUCAGACUGAUCUCGGUAACCGAGGUGCUAAAGCUUUCAGCUUCGAGAAAGCUGCUGUGACCGUCGAAGAUAGUGCCGCUGGCCUUAUCAAGGUCAUUGAUGCGUCUACCUUGGAGACUCAUAGUGGCAAGCUGUUUAAGUUUGAUGGCGAUGAGGAGCCUUGGUAG